ACGAUAGAUGUUAUUAAGAAAAUCGACGGAGAUGAUUCAUACAGACGUCGGCUGACCCGGCAAGUGUCCAUGCACACUCUAAAUGGCUUCAACGAACUCCGGCUGAACGUCAAACUCUGCGACGCGUCAUUGAUACUCGAUAACGGAGACACGUUUCCGAUACAUCGAUCGGUGCUAAGUGGUUCAAGCGAUUACUUUAGAAUACUCUUCACCACUACGUUGCACGAAGGAGAAUAUACGAAAAUAAACCUAAAAUCGAUUGAAAGUACUACGAUGGAAUUUAUUUUGCAGUACAUUUAUAUGAGACAAAUUGAUAUAAACUAUGAAAAUGUAAUGGAUAUUAUGCGGACAGCUGAUUAUUUGUGCAUAGACGGUUUGGUGCAACUCUGUCAUGAAUUUGUCGUCGAAUGUUUAGGACCUGACAAUUGUGUUUCUGUGUUGCAAUUUGCCGACUACUAUUACUUUGGAGCGUUGACAAAUGCGGCGCACAAAUACAUCGUCAAAGAAUUUAUGACUAUUGCGGAACAAGGCGACGAGUUGAUGAAACUCCGAAAGGAAGAAUUCAGACUUAUAAUCGAAGAUAAUCAGCUGAAUGUGAAACGGGAAGAGUGUGUUUGGGACGUGCUACUGAAAUGGGUGGACCAGGAUCCUGAAAAUAGGAAAAACGAUUUGUUGUUUCUGCUGCCCAAAGUCCGUUUUGGCCUCAUGGACUCCAAAUAUUUCAUCGAUAACGUCAAGGACCACCAUUAUAUACAAAACCGAGACGAUUGUAGGCCUUACAUAAUUGAGACCUUGAAGUUCAUGUACGACCUACAGCUGACGUCGAACAUGACCGAUUCCAUAGCUCCAACUCUCGCACGUCCCAGGUACCCGUUCGAAGUAUUGUUCGCCAUCGGUGGAUGGAGCGGUGGCAGCCCGACCGCAAUUAUUGAAACGUACGACACAAAGUCUGACCGGUGGACGAGGAUAUUCCAAGAGGACACGCACGGGCCGAGAGCGUACCAUGGUACGAUCGUCAUGGGGCCGUACAUCUACAUAAUUGGAGGCUUUGACGGGUUGGAGUAUUUCAACUCUUGUAGGAAGUUCAACACAGAGACGAAAAUCUGGGAGGAAGUAGCGCCGAUGAACUGUAAGAGAUGUUAUGUAAGCGUUGCAUUGUUAAACGGAAUUAUUUAUGCAAUGGGUGGAUUCGACGGCCAUCACCGGCUAGGCUCCGCAGAAAAGUAUAAUUUCGAACGAAACCAGUGGACAAUGAUAGCACCGAUGACUUCUCAGAGGAGUGACGCUUGUGCAGCCGUGAUGAAUGGCAAAAUAUACAUUACCGGUGGGUUCAACGGACAAGAGUGUAUGAAUACGGCCGAGUCUUAUAACGUGGAAACCAACGAGUGGACGCUAAUACCAGCCAUGCACACCAGACGCAGCGGCGUUUCUUGCAUAACGUAUCACAACUGUCUGUACGUGAUCGGUGGUUUCAACGGGCUGGUGAGAAUGAACAGCGGCGAAAAGUUCGACCCGACCACGAACCACUGGUCGACGGUGGUGGACAUGUGCAAUCCCCGGAGUAACUUUGCGGUCGAGGUGCUGGACGACAUGAUAUUUGUGGCUGGUGGUUUCAACGGGGUGACCACCAUAGCGCAGGUGGAGUGUUACAACGACCGCACGGACGAAUGGUUCGAGGCUAAAAGCAUGCAAGUGUACAGGUCGGCGCUGUCGGCGUGCGUCAUGAAAGAUUUACCAAAUGUCGAGUAUUACAUGCCUCUGGACCGGGAUAGACUAGAAGAAGGCCGGAGAAACAUCACGAGGAACAACCGACCGAGCAAUAGUAAUGAUUCACAACGCGUCGACAACGAAUCCGUCAACACGGUCGCCACUCAGGUGAACAACAACCGAGCCGUUGAGAACAACGACGACGAAGACGACGUGAUAAUACUCGACUGA